AUGAAUAUUAUCAACUACCUUUAUAACAAAAGUAAGAGCAUAUACAAUCGAAAUAUUAAUGCGUAUAAUUAUAACAAUAUAGAGAAUGAAAAUUUGAUUAGCAAUUUUGUCGAUAUCAGCAAUGGGUACAGUAACAAUAGCUGUUCGUCCAAGUCUUCUACAAGAACGUUAAUACUAGGUGAUAGAAAUGUAAGGAAAAAUAGAAAAAAAAAAAAAGGAAGAAAUGAUCGAUCUUCUGUAAUUAGCUUAGCGAAAGGAACAAAUAUGGGGGGAAUAGUGAAUAUUACUGGAAGGACAAAUUACCCAUUUGGCAUAAACAGACAUAAGGAGGGAAAUUUAUCAAAUCAGAAUAUGGACGAAGUCAAUCAGAUGUGUAUCAAACAGAUGGGCUUCAACCAAACGAGCUUCAAUCAAAUGAGCAUCAAACAAAUGAGCAUCAAACAAAUGAGCAUCAAACAAAUGAGCGUCAAACAAUUGAACUCUAAACAGGUGAACUCCAAACAGGUGAACUCCAAACAGGUGCACAUCAACGAAGAUGAAGGGACGAAAAAGAAAGACAUUUGCGAAUUCAACGUUCAUAAUAUCGGUUUUGAUGCAAAAGUUUACAAAAAUAGAUGCGAUGGCGUAUGUGUUAUCAAUGACAAUAUAUACAUAUUUGACAAAAUAAAAAAGUGCAUAUAUUUAUAUACCCCGUAUAAUAAUGUGUGGUAUAUUUUUUUAAAUAUAUAUGAAGAAAUAUCGAUAAAAAGAAGUCCAAAUUUUGAAAUAACGAAUUUUUAUAUAAAUAAAAAAGAACAGAAUAUUGAAGGAAGUUUCAGUCACUUAAAUAAUAUUUCUUUUAUAAAUUAUACAGACGUUGUUUAUUUGAAUAAUUGUAUAUUUAUUAUAAGUAGCAAUUGCCAUUUUUUGAAUAUAUGCAAAGUCAAUGUACUUAACAUGAACACCAUUUUUGGUACUAUCGUUGUAGAAUCGGCUCAGAAUGAUUUAUCUGAUUUUGCACAAGUAUUGAAAAUGCUGAGAACUAAUUCUAAGAAUGAUAUCGAAGGGGGUGACGAGAUAGAAUCUGUAGAAGAGGAAGAGAAGAAAAUAGAAUCACGUUCCUCUUGGGAUGCAAAUCCUGUUGCAUCUGUACAGAAUGAAAGUAAUCCUUUUGUAUGUGAUGAAAACUUGCAGACAAUUCAACAGCCACAUCUAAAGAAUGCAACAAGACAGAUUGAAAUAAAAAAAAAAUAUUCUACAUCCAAAGAGACAGGAGCGAAUGAUCCGUUUAUGCUCCUGAAUAAAAUGAACAAUGCAGGUAACUCAGGUGACGAGGGUUAUGUAGAUUGUGGAAAUUCUGAGGGUUAUGAUAACGGGGAUGACGACUGUGAUGAAUACAUCAACGGAAUUUCUGAAUUUUCUGAAUUUCCAGAGUUUUCAGAGUUGUGUGAAUUUACAGAAUUCUCCGAAUUAUUUCAGAACGAAAAAAAAACAAUUUUUAAAAAAAUGAAAAGGUUAAUAAAGGCACGAGAUCUUUUCUCAAUUUGCAGUGUUAAUGACAAAUCCUAUUCAUUAAUUUAUCUUUUUGGAGGAAAGGGAAGUACUGUAAAAAGAGGAAAUGAAUAUGUGGACAUAAUUUACAACGAUUUGUAUGUGUACGACUUUUAUCGAAAUAGGUGGAUGGAAUUAUAUCAGUACAGAAGUGACGAGGUUAUCCAGAGUAAAAAAGAAAAAGAUAUGCAUAAGGAUAAAUUUGAUAAUAAGGAUAAAUUUGAUAAUAAGGAUAAAUUUGAUGAUAACGAUAAAUGUGAUAAUAACGAUAAAUUUGAUGAUAAUAAUAAAUGUGAUAAUAUCGAAAAAUUUUAUAAUAAUGAUAAAUUUUAUAAUAAGGAUAAAUUUUAUAAUAAGGAUAAAAAGAAUGAAUGCGAAUGUACCAUUAAUGAAAAGAUAAAUUCAGACAUCAGAUGUGAAGAACGUGACCUGAUGGACACAUAUUUAGAUGCUUCCAUACAAAAUUCAAAAAACAAGAAUCCCCUUCCUUUUAAGCGAGAUGAAACAUCUUCCCUUAUAUGUACUGAGAAAAUAAUUGGGAUGGAAAAUUUUACACAAAAUUCAGAUGAAUAUUUUAAAGACAGCUUUUUUUUUGAACCCCCCAAGGAUUCAUUUAGUAAUGAAUAUAAUUCUGUUCAAUUGAAUAAGUAUAAAAAGGACACUUCUGUGCAAAAUAAGCAGAAUCAUGAAUGUCGUAGUAUAGAAACGGCAGAUAGCAUAGCCACUGUUGCUACAUCUACUGUGGCGAAUUUAUUGCAAAACUGUAAUAAUGACAAGAACAGAGAUUCGUCUAGCUACACUUACGACUUAUGGGAUGAUAAUAAGAAAUUUAAUACGAAGAUCGAAACGGAUACUGGAAAAAGAGAAGAAGGCACGUUCGAUGAUUUGUAUGACCAUAUUUUUGGAAAAUGUGGUGCAGAGGCCAAGGGUGAAGAAACGACAAAUGUAGAUGCAAAAGAUGAACAAUACAAAAGUACACAUAGUUAUAUGACUCAGGUAGAAAAAACUGAACUCAAUAAAAUUGCAUCCUGCAGACAUACAAGCAUAUACCACGAGCGAAAUGAUUCUAUUUGUGAAAAUUGCGUUAAGAGGAAAAAGUGCAAAUAUAUUUGUGCAUUAAUAAAGAAUGGAGUAAAGAUACGAAGAAUUAAAUGGCUGAGAAGACGAGCAGGACACUCUUGUACAUAUUAUAAAAAUAAUUUAUACAUAUUUGGAGGAAUAAGUUUUUAUAGCUUUAAUAGCAACAAAAUAAAUUUAAAAUUUUGUAAUAAUUUAUACUUGUAUAAUAUCGAAUCAAAUAAAUGUUUUGAAAUAAUGGCAAAAGGAAGUAUACCAGAACAAAGAUAUAGACAUGGUUGUGUCAUAAUUAAUGAUUAUAUGUUCAUAAUUGGUGGAGAAUGUAAAGGUUCUUCUUUACCCAGGAAUGAUUUGUUCUUUUACGAUUUUAAAACAUCUGUAUGGUCAGAAAUUGUUAUAAAUUCCAAGGUCGGUUCUCAUUCUCUGUACAAAACUGUAUGGCUAGAAAACUUCGGAUCAAUUUAUAUGUUCGGUUCCUCUGUUCUACGCCUAACGAAAAAGAACUUCCAGUACACACCUUCAUAUAAGAAUAAUCAGAAGAAGAUUCAGAACUGGCGCGUUUGA